CUCUCGCAUUCCUUAUUCACAGCCUCUCACGUUGAGGAUAGAGAGAGAAAGGGGAGAAACAAGAAGACGGGCAGACGGAGAAGAAGAAGAAGAACAAGAAGGGGAGCAGCAAAACGACCAUGGCAAUAUCCAAAACGUCUCAGCUUGAGAUAGUGUCCGAUCACAGCGCACCUCUACCGCCGUCGACUACUGCACGGAGCAUGCAGUCGCACAAUAGACAGAGUCCAGAUGAGUGAGGAGCUAUACCUGGGCCGUGGACAAAAUGAGGGUCAUCUUCAUCCAAAACGCCGGUUUCGUCGCAGCUUUCUCGCCUUUUAGACGUGAGUCGGUGAUGUUGGCAGCGUUUAGGACGACAGAUAAUGUGAACGAGCAAGAAUUAACCAUAGCUAGACCAUGCCAGUCAAUUAAGGAGUGAGGAGAUCAAACCCAUAUAUUUAGGCGUUUUUCUUUUAUGUGGGAUAGAGCGUGCAAAUACAUUAUAGCCAAUAUCAUCUCUAAAUCGAACGUGUAUUCAGCUUUCGGCAUGCUGCCUGCUGUCGAAAUCUGAAUACAUAUUUUAUCAUAAAUUGGCACUAGAAUUAAUUAUUUUUAUCCGAUGAUAAUAGGACUAUGUAUCCGGUAAUUAUGGACCGAUAAUGUCCUUUUAGACCUUUUGUGCUUAAUCCUCAGUAGAUUGAUUAUAUAGCGAUAAUAACAUGAAUAGAUAGCCUAGGAGGAUAAAUCCUUGUUCGCAUUGAUCAAAGUCGAUCAACAAGACAAUCUGGAAAUGCUAGUUUCUACAUGUAGGCCUAAUAAUAUGACUAGUAGGCUACGCGUUAUUCCUUGUAAUUUAUUUAUUUAUUAUUACUAGGCUAUUAUUAGAUCUAUAAGUAUUAUAUUAUCAAUUUGUUUUAGGUAGUUAGUUUGAAAUAUUUAACAGUGGGAAGGUUGUUUGGACACUUCCCUAGUGAGAUGGAAACCGCUUAUUUAUCGCUUCACCGGGGGGCAAGGCGUCCCGAGGCCCAGAAAGGCCAAACCUCUGCGGGCAAACCGGCAGGGGGUGACCUCUCCCCUCCACCUCCAACUCCAUCCCUGCUUGCCGGCAACUCACCCGACGAUACCCCGGCAAGCAGUGAUGGACGGAGAAACUCGGGCGUGAAGAAACACCAUCACAAGCAUAACCUGAAACACCGCUACGAGCUGCUGGAGACGCUGGGAAGAGGCACCUAUGGCAAAGUCAAGAAGGCCAUUGAAAGGCACUCCGGCAGAGAGGUGGCUAUCAAGUCAAUUCGAAAGGAGAAGAUCAAGGAUGAGCAGGAUAUGGUUCACAUCCGCAGAGAGAUUGAGAUCAUGUCAUCCCUCCGGCACCCACACAUCAUUUCUAUAUACGAAGUGUUUGAGAACAAGGACAAGAUCGUGAUCGUGAUGGAGUACGCCAGCAAGGGCGAGCUGUAUGACUACAUCAGCGAGCGCCGGCGCCUGAGUGAGCGGGAGACUCGACACUUCUUCAGACAGAUAGUCUCCGCCGUGCACCACUGCCACAAGAAUGGAGUUGUGCACAGGGAUCUGAAACUGGAAAAUGUGCUACUGGAUGAAAACUGUAACAUAAAGAUUGCUGACUUUGGGCUGUCCAACCUCUACCAUAAGGACAAGCUGCUGCAAACCUUCUGUGGCAGCCCGCUCUAUGCUUCACCAGAGAUCGUCAAUGGGAGACCAUACCGUGGCCCAGAGGUGGACAGCUGGGCUCUCGGGGUGCUGCUGUAUACCUUGGUCUACGGGACCAUGCCAUUUGAUGGGGGAGACCACAAGAACCUCAUUCGCCAGAUAAGCAACGGCGAGUACAAAGAGCCCACUCAGUCCUCAGAUGCCCGUGGACUGAUCCGCUGGAUGCUGAUGGUGAAUCCUGAGCGCCGGGCCACAGUGGAGGACAUAGCCAACCACUGGUGGGUAAACUGGGGCUGGAAGAACAGUGUGUGUGACUGCGAGACCCAACAUGACCAUGGAGGCUCGCCCAUGCUGGCCCGCUUCAUCGACUGGCAGAACCGCACUGAGCCACGUGGUUCUGGAGCCAAAGCUGCAGCCAUGCCCCAACUGCUGCGCCAGAGGCCCAAAAAGUCCAAGAAGGAAAAUGUUGAGUCAGGGCAGACCCACUGUGGAGCAGAGGACAAACCGGGUCUGAAGAGACCCAAGGGGAUCCUUAAGACCAGGGUCACUGAGGAGCAGCAGUCUGCCAGUCUGGAAGAUGUGGAGUUGGGCCAUGCAGCGCUGCCUCAACAAACCGAAGAGGGAGAGGAAGCCUCAAGUCCAGAUCAAGAGGAAGAGGAGCUGAUUCUGGGAGGAGGCUCGCCAGCUAAAAUGGUGCCAUCUCUGCCCAAAAAAGGCAUCUUGAAGAACAACCAACAGCGGGAAUCAGGGUACUACUCUUCACCAGAGCGCAGCGAGUCCUCUGAGCUUUUGGGGGGUGCCAGUAUGUCUCUGCUAGCCACCUCCCCGCCUAAGAGAGUGAUGGGUAGAAAGGGCAUCUUGAAGCGAAACGGCAAGUACUCCACCUACAGCGGGCCUCCCUCGGCAGCAGCAGUGGCUGGAGUCCUUGGUGAGCCUCCUCCAUCAACUGACUCAGGUCUGUCCCGCAGUCAGAGUCGGCCCUCCAGCAUAGUCGGGGAGGACAGCUCCACGCUGUCCCUGUCGCCCAGCUCCCUGAGUGGGGCUGAGUGGCACCCUUCCACCACCCACCUCCGCCCAAACAUCAGGGCCUGUGUCUCGGCUGAAAACCUGCUGCAGCUCGCCAACUUCAAGGGCUUCCAGCCUGCCCCUCCGCUCCAGGGACCCAAGUUCAGCCGUGGCCCCAAAACAAAAGGCUCCCCAGGGGACAAUGGCAGCUUCUCCUUGCUAGGGGACCUGGAGGACAUGACUCAGGUGUACCAGCAAGCCCUGGACAUUAGCAGCAACCUCACCUAACAGAUGGGUGGGAAUUGAACGUGACUGUGUGUGUGUGUGUGUGUGUGUGUGUGUGUGUGUGUGUGUGUCUGUGUGUGCGUGCGUGCGUGCGCGCGCGUGUGUGUGUAUGUGUACACAGAUGUAUAUGGGUGGCAUUAACGACCAGUGUGUUACUGGGAUACACCUUUUGGGAAUUUGUGGUUUUCCAAAUGGGGAUGAAAUCUUGAUGGAAAUGAUAUGUCUACACACACACACACACACAGAUGUACACACUUUGGUGCACUUCUCUGGGCAGAGGAAAUUUAGUUAGGGUUUUGUGAACAAGAGAGAGAAGGAGCUGGCAUGAGAGAAUGCCACCCAGUCUGCAUUCUUGGCCCGUCCAUAGACUUUGCUGUGUUCAACAUGUUUACAUAUUCAGCAAGAAGGCAAGUUGGAAUCACAAAUGCAGCAACCAGAAACCGGUUGGCUGUCCUUGUACACCACCAAUUUUGAGUUUGAGUUUACAAAAGCACCUUAAAACUCACACAGAGCACAUGCUUUUGUGAUCUUUACUUCCUUUAAAAAAAAAAGAAACAAACCAGGGUCUUGUUCCAAAAAUAACAGACAUUGCUGAUUAUUUAUUAUUUUCGUAGCUUUUAGUUUUAAGUGCAAAACUGGCGGGCUGGCUGUUACUGGAAGAGUCCAAAGCUCCUCAUCUCCAACUCUUUGUGUGGAACUGACAUAUAUAAUUAUGUUACUCAGUUAUGAGAAACAUAUAGUAUAUAUAAUCAGCAUAUAUAAUUGUGUCUGCGCUUGUAAAACACGCAGGCAAAUAUACCUUCAUAAAAGCGUAUGUCCUAUAUAUGUGUAUGAUACUAGGGAAUAUGUAGGAAGUGCCUUUUUUGAUUCAUAACAAAAAAUUAUGUAUGUCAUUUCCUUAAAGUGGAGGGAAAUGCCAGGCCAACCUGUCGCCAGUUGUGCUUUUUGUGAUGUUGUUUGUGAAUGUGGAGAGACCCAGGGCCUUGAGCGCACAGCUACUUAUUUUAGGUUUGUAUGGUCAAUCUCAGACAGUUGCAGUCAAACAGUCUCAUCUCCUCCCCCUGUUCCUAGAAUCACACACAGAUAUGCUGGGAUCUACAGGCCGCCUUGAAAAGACCUCCCCUGUGUUCUUUAAGCCCAUAGUGUGGUUUGUCAGCAGUUAAGGUGGCUUGGUUGAGGAAAGUUUCGCUGGCAGCACCAGAGGUCUGCAGGGGCUCACCUAGUGGGACAAUUGGUGAAGGGAGAUAGCACAGACACCACCUCAUAGUCCUGGAAUGUGCCUGGCUCCCUUAACCUUGGUAGCUUUACAUUUUAGAGGCUUUGUUUAGUGAGACAAUUUUUUUUUUAACCAAAGACAUUUAAGGUGGUUUCCAUUGUCAGACUAGUUAAUAUUUUAUCCAAAGCUCUUCAAAAGAGCUAAGUAAAGUGGUUUGUUUUACCCUGCUGAUGACACAGCAAAUUCCUCAGACAAAGGCUGGAGACGUGUUGGUGCUAGAGAUCUCUAUCAGCCCCAGACCGACUCAGCACAGGUGGGAUCUGCAGUCUGUGCUCAGCCCCCCAGCUGUGUAUACUAGUCCAUUAUGUCAACCAAGUACAAUUAGCCAGCUAUUGUUUUCAUUUGACAGUAAGAGAGAGGCAGCGCGCAGAGAUUUAUAGCUAGAGGGAGAAGAAAAGAGUGUGAAAGAAUGACGCAUGGAAAGUUGCUGAGAUUAGAGAGGACUUUCCUGUAAAACACAGGAAAGGUCAAGGAGUUAGAGUUAUUUUUUGAAAGAAUUGUAAUGUAGAAUAGUGAAAGUUAAGAAAGUGAGUAGAAUGAGUAGAUGGAAAGUUGUUGUUUUUUGUUUAAUACCAAAGAUGUGAUGAAGUUUUGACAUGAUUCAGGGGAAUGGAUGGAUCAGGGACUAGUGGAAGUACUGUGGAUUUUUCUUUGACUUGGGAAUCCCCGUUGGUGAAUGAAAUCAUCCCCACAUUGGCUUUACCUUACGUUUGUUUUUUGUUUUCUUUUUGAGUCUUUAUUUGAGAUGCUGGAGGGUGUUGAUACAGCUUGUCUUGAGGGUCAGUCAGUGUGUUCUCCAUGGCCUUAGGAAGUGCGUUACACUUUUCAACAGCAGCCAAAAGCUGGAGAACGGUGACUGACAUCAUCCAAAAUAUCAAAUGAUAUGGUUAGAAAACCAUGCAGUAGAUGACCCCGAGGAAACAGAUCACAUGUUGAAUGUUUGUCAGUGGUCUUCUCGUGUGACGGAAAGGUCCUGGGUAUUGAUUCAGAUGAAAGACCCGUUGCGAAUUAUAUUGCAUCUUAUUGCCUUUUGUAUUGCAUUUUAUUGUCAACUGGAUUUACAGUGAAAAAAUUAUACUAUGUUAGUAUUUUGUUUUAUUAUGCUUCUGUUUUUGAUUUUCCAAAAUAUAAGAAACUUUAUAUUGCUUUAUGUUAUGGCAGAAAAUACUUCCUUCCUCAAAGUUCUCCAGAAACAGACAAAUCUGAUCUGAAAUUGGUGUAGUUUCUAUUUUACACUGUUUUGAUACACCUGUGGGUGAGAGAAUCCCACUAACAGCCUCCAAAUGGCAAAAAACAACUCUUAUAAUUUAAUUGAAAUAGGGCAAAAUACAAGAAUAUGUACUGAUAUAUCAAUAGCCAACCCUAAGAAAAUUGCAUUUCCACCUUGACCAAAUUAGGAUGAGGUCCAAAAUGCUGGAACAACACCAGGAGAAAAAGGAAAUAAAGCAAUGGAAAGAAUCUGAUGAUGAAACUUUGCCAAACUGGAAAUAAGUGGUGCAUAUCUUUUAGUUAGCAGAAAGUCUAAUCAUAGGAAAACUUGACUGGAUAUUGUUAUGACAACAAUAAUAAAUUAGUAUUAUUAUGUUAUUUAAGUAUUAUUUUUGUUAUGGCUCAUUACUAUUGUUGGCUAUGGCCACCGUUUUUUUGUUUGUUUGUUUUUGGGGGGUUUUGUCUGUUGGUGAUCCUGAACUGCCAAGGUGGACUAAGUUGCGUGCCUUUGGUAUGUUUUAUGACCUUUUUUUGAUAAUGAAAAUUAUUAUCAAUGUGUUUUUAUACUUGUAUUUAUUGGUGAUCAAGCCAUUUAAUCUGUUGUUAUACUCCAUGUUCAUGCUUUGGCCUGCUUUGGACUGUGUGUUGUGUUCAGGAUGUACUGCACACAAAAGUAUCAUUGUUUGAAAUAGAGUGGUAUCAUCUCAUUGUGAAGAUAGUGGCCAAAUGUGUAUUUGUUAGAGUAACAAAUCAAUAAGAGUUCCUCAAAUCCUGUAAAAUGUCUUAAUUCAUCCAUUUGGGUGUAUUUCUACUCAAAACAAUGCCUCUGUAGUACUGUAUCAACUCAAAUAAAUGGAUCUUGAAAGUUA